AUGUGGGAUUCAAAAUCGACGCCAUUCAAGCACGAGGCAUGGACAGAGUAUGGGAUCGGAGUUGCGGUUAUCUUGUUGCGAAUAGCCGCAAGAAUAAAAAUCGUGCGUUGGAACUGGCAUGGGGAUGAUUACAUUAUCAUCCUGGUGUUGUUGUUAUGGUCGGGAGAGCUCGCGAUGCUAGAACUAAUAGGACGAACCGGUACCAAUAUCGGCUUAACAGACGCCCAGCGAGCUGCUCUUACCCCCGAGGAAAUCGCAAUGUUGGAAUUUGGCACCAAAUGCAACUUGGCCGGCUGGUUGAUGUAUACGACUCUUAUCUGGUCUCUCAAAUCAUGCAUGCUCUUCUUUUAUGCCCGGUUAACGAUUGGUCUAUAUAAGGAAAAGAUGGUCAAGAUUGCUGCCGUCGUAUGUGCAUGCACGUAUGUUAUCAGCAUGAUAACCAUCCUAGCGCACUGUCGUCCAAUUGAGAAAAACUGGCAGGUCAACCCAGACCCAGGAGACAUUUGUACACUGGGUAUUCCGAACUACCUUACAGUUGCACCAACGAAUUUGCUCACCGAUAUGCUUCUUCUAUCGAUCCCUUUGCCACUCUUGGUAAAAGUUCGGAUACCUUUAGCACGGCAAAUGGUCAUUGGACUCUUGCUCUGUGGAGGCGUAUUUAUCAUGGUCGCAACCCUUCUCCGUUGUAUCUUGUCCAUCCAAUCAAUCAACGGUAUCAAUAUCAGCACGAUCUGGGCUAUAAGAGAAAGUUUUGUUGCCAUUCUCGCUAUCAAUGCCCCGUGCAUAAAGCCAAUAUUCAGCCCCAGAGCCUGGACUGUUACCAGUGACGAGUCCUCACCCGGAGAUAGCGAGAAUCCAUCUUCGUUAGGGACUGGCAGUUAUCAACUCAGCAAAGUGUCCAAGUCAUCCAGGUUUGACCAGCUAUCUACUCUCCGGACAGUUGAUGAUCACUGUAGCGAGGAACUAUCACUUCCAUACUACCAGGCACAAAUGGGAAUUGCUAGCCACGCUCCUAACAGUGUAUGUGGAGCCACUGCAUCUACAGGGAACCAAUCCCUCGAGAUCGAACACUCCGCGCACGGGGGCAUUCAAGUCACCACGACUUAUGAAGUUACUCCUUCCAAGCCCUUUGAAGAGGGCCACAGGAAUGAGCUAUGA